AAAGGGGACUGGAGGGAGACCAUGAGUUUAUUGAGUGCAACAACAUGACCCUUAUCAACCAACUUACUGAGGCCUACACAUGAGAGAACUCUUGACUACAAUCAUGCUGUUGAUACAACUUCAAAAUUUUGGCACCCAUUCACUUGCAUUGUUUGGACCACCAUAGCUGAGAUAUUCUUCUAAAAAUCUUCGAUUGAUUUCAGCAGAUGAAGAAAGUCUUACACAUCUGGGAUGGCAUGAGGAGCUCUGGAGGUCCACACAUUGUGCUUUACAUUCAGUGGUGCAUAAUGCCCUCUCCGGGCAAGCGUGCCCCACGCAGAGAGGAGCUGCUGCUGGAACUGGUGUGCGAGUGGGGCUCGUGUCAGGAGACGUUUGAAAAGAUGCAGGAGUUCUGCCAGCACAUAGAGAAACAUUAUAAAGCUACUGUAGAAAGUGAGAGCUCGGAUUUACCAGAAGAGGAACAUAACUGUCUGUGGCGAGACUGUGGCUUCUGUUCAGUGGAAGGUGAUGGGGAGCUGCUUAGACACAUGUUCUUCCAUUGUUACCACACCAAGUUGAAGCAGUGGGGAGUUGCAAUACUCAAGGGUCACAAUGACAUGGGCACCUGCUCGGUCGGUGUCCACACCCGCAACAUCUUGCCUGAGGUCCAAGAGAACUUCCUCUGUCUUUGGGAGCACUGUGAGAUGACUAUGGAUAAUCCAGAGUGGUUCUUCAGACAUGUGGAGAUGCAUGCCCACUGUCUCGAGGCCAAUGAAGAGAGUGUGUUGUUUUGUGGCUGGAAAGAUUGUGAGGCGUCUUUCAAUGGCAGGUUUAAGUUGCGAGAGCACAUGCGUAGUCACACGCAGGAAAAGCUGGUGGCAUGUCCGACCUGCGGAGGAAUGUUCGCCAACAACACAAAGUUCUUCGACCACAUUCGACGACAGACCUCCAUAGAAGGUCAAAGGUUUCAAUGUUCUCACUGCUCUAAGCGUUUUGCCACUGAGAGGCUACUGAGAGACCACAUGAGGAACCAUGUCAACCAUUAUAAAUGUCCACUGUGUGAUAUGACCUGUCCAUCACCUUCCUCACUGAGAAACCACAUCAAGUUUCGACAUUCCAACGAGAAGCCCUACAGCUGUGACUACUGCGAGUACAGCUGUAAAAACCUGAUUGACUUGCGGAAGCAUUUAGACACACACAGCAGUGAGCCAGCGUAUCGAUGUGACUUCUCUGACUGUAACUACUCCACCCGCUCCCUUUACUCAAUCAAGAACCACUACAAACGCAUUCAUGAGGGAGAUUACACCCCUCGCUAUAAGUGCCACGUGUGUGAGCAGUGCUUCACCCGGGGGAACAAUCUCACUGCCCACCUACGCAAGAAACAUCAGUUCAAAUGGCCCUCAGGACACCCCAGAUUCAGGUAUAAAGAACAUGAAGACGGGUUCAUGCGACUGCAGCUGAUCCGUUAUGAGAGUGUGGAGCUGACAGAGCAGCUGAUGCGGGAGCGGCAGGGGGAGGGGGACAGCAGUGAGUCCACCCCGCGGGACAUCCAGUCGGGUGAAGUACUAGAGGAGACGGAGCCCGUCGGAACCAUGUGUGGAAAAACAGAGGCAGGAAUGAGAAAGCAGGUAGCAGAGGAUUGUAGGACACAGGGAAAUGGAGAAAGUGUGUUCCUGGUAUUGACGGCAGGAACCACCUCAGAGACAGACUCUAUGAGGGAGGAGUCAGUGAUGUGUCAACUGCAGGACACCGCCCAACAAUUGGGCAUGGAGGUGGUCUAACUCCGCCUCUGAUUACUGGAACUCCCCGAGACUGCUACUGUAUAUCAGACAAUAAAAAGGAGUUAGGAUAUGCCAAACUCUGUGAUUCACAUUACUAUGAUACUAACAGGAGACCAAAGCUGGAAUUGAGUGUCUUUAGAUGUCAGAUUGAGAUCCAUAAACAAAACACUGAACAGAACAGAGAAAGUUCUAAAUUGCAAGUUGGCUCUGGUGAUGUGAAUGAGUUUGAGCCAUAUGUGUGUGUGUGUGUGUGUGUGUGUGUGUGUAUUUGAGAGAGAGAGAGAGAGAGAGAGAGAGAGAGAGAGGAAAUGUGUUUAAUCCCACUGAACAAUUUAAUCAGCUUUCUUUGACUCUCCUGGUUUAGUCUUAAGCCGCAGUCACACUAGGCUUCGAGCACGCUAAAUUGUUUCGGACAAUGGAUCAGGAUAUUAUGCCACCCGAGGGCUUCUAGUUUUAAUAAUUAAAUUACAAAUAAUAAUAUAUUAAAACAACAUGCAUCUUUUAAAAAAGUUUUCUUUGAAUUGAGCCAAGAGGUUUAUGUGUGACUUUUCAAUCUACUGUUCAUCACCUGUCUUCUCGUCAUCCAGAUUUGCAGGUCAGAGUUCACCAAACUUGAACUUUUCUCCACUGCACAGAAGUGUAGUGUGACCACCCCUUUAGUGAAGGGAAGAUAAGUUUCAGACUCAGAGGAUGACUCUUUACAGUGUAUAGUUUUAUACAGUAAGGCUAUUUGCUCCUGUUUUGAAGUUGAUUUGGAAGGGCACGUGAACUCCUGUUUGAUUAAUAUUGACAUCAGUUUAUGGGUCACUUUAAUCUAAAAUGUAUUCUGUUGUGUAUAAUGUGGUUCUGUUCUGCUGAAAGGUUCAUUACUAUGGAAAUUGUCUGAGCUUUUCUAUCAAAUUAAAAAGUAGUUUUAAAAUAGA